AACCGUUCUUCCUCUAAAUGAAAACGAGGCAGGCGGUGAAUUUGUUUAUUGGGCACCUGUCAAUUUCUGUUUCAUUGAGCAGAUGAUGAGGUUUCCCGAGAUAAUGAUACAGAUGUGUUUAGUAAUGGACAAUACCACAGAAGAAACAUGAUUUAGACUAUGCACACGCCAUUCUUUCGUAAGAUUCCUCCUCCAUGAAGCUGACCUGCUGUGAUAUAACUGACAGUUGAUACAUGACGCAACACAUGUGAAAAGCACAAGAUGGCUGACCAGGACCCAGCGUCGUGGAGAGAGUUGGCAGAGCAGAAAGAGAGGGAGUGGAAGGAAGCAUCUCAGAAGAGAGUGGAGUCCCUUGAAAGGGCUUGUAGAGAGAAGGAGCAGGCUCUGGCCACCGAGAGGACGAAACUGACGAAGCUGAAGGAGGACUUCAAGUACAACCUGAAGCUGCUGGAAGAGAGGGACCAGGAGCUUCAAGCCUAUGAUGCCAACUUCACAGAACUCCGAGCCCACUUAAGUACGAAGACUGCGGAAGUGAGUGAGUUGAAGAUCCGUCUUGACGACAUGAAGAAGGCGACUCAGCGAGAGACACAGGCCAUGGUGGAGCUGCAGGCGCACUACCAGCACCGACUCCGGGAGAGACAGACGGAGGUGGACACCUUCAAGACAACUAAGGCUACAGAGCUGGACAAGGAGAGGGUGGAGUUUGAGACAUUCAGGAGGAAACUGCAGCUGAGACUGAAGGAAGUGGAGGAAGAACUGGAUACCCAGAAGAGAGAACUGUCCACAGGGUUUGAAGAGGCACUUAAAAGGCGAGAACAUGAAUUCCGUGUAAAAGCAGAUGAAAUGGGGGCCAAAGUUUUGGAGUAUGAGCUCAAGGCAAAGCUGUUAGACAAGGAGCUUGAGAUGAUGAAGUCAUCCCGGAACAAGCAGAGCGAGCAGUGCAAGGAAUCCGAGUCCCAGACGAGGCAGCUGGAGAAGGCUGUGAAGGAGAGGGACUGGGCCAUCAAGGACGUCACAGUCAUGAAGAACGCAAGAAUAUCUGAGCUGGAGACCAAGCUACGUGAGACCGAGACGGGGAUCGCCAGGUUACAGGUGGACUUCCAGCGCAAAUUUUCCGAGAUGGACUUGAUGAUGCGUGAGAAGGAAGCUGCCCUUGGCAAGGUGAAGGACGCAUGUGUUGAGCGCGAGGAGAAGCUACAGACCAAUGUCCGUGAGCUGCAGUCGCAGCUGGAGACCCAGCAGAUCGAGAUCCGACGGCUGGAGUGGCAGAACCAGGACCUCGGCAAGGACAAGGAGGUCCAAAUCACCAAACUCCGUGAAGAACUGGAGAAUCAACAGGACAAGUGGGAGCGCCACCUGGGGGAGAUGUCCCACAGUCAGGUGGCGCGAGAUGUGGAAUUGGAGGCCCUGAGAGAGAGGGAGGGCAAGUUCCAGGUCGAGCUGCAGCAGAAGAAACACGACAUUGACAGGUACAAGAGGGACCUGAGCCAGGCAGCUGAGAGAGAGGCGAGUCUGGAGAGAGGCAAGGCACAGCUGGAGCUAGACUGGCAGAGGAGGCUGGAGGAUACAGACAGACAUCAGUAUGAAAGAUCCGAGGACCUCAUCAAAAAGCUCACCUCUGCCCGAGAUCAGGCUGUAGCUGAGGUGAGGGAGAAGUUGCGGGAGAUGGAGCAGAGAGACAUGCUGAUAAACACUCUACAGCGGGACCGAAACAUCGCCAUGGCAACCCUAAAACACCAUGGAAUUCCUAUCAACAAGAACAUUAAUGUUGACAGCUCCGUGUUUGAGGAAGAGAGUCGGCAUGACCUGCUGCAGCUUCAGGACCAGAACGACAACCUCCGGGAGGUGAUACGUCAGAUGAGGGAACAGAUGGAGGAUCUGGGACAGGACCUCCCAACACAGCCAGGCAGCGCUGCUGCUCCCUCCAGAGACCAUGUGUCGAGUCUGGAGCUGGAGGUCACACAGCUCAAGCAGAAGAUGAGGAAGCUCAGGGAGGAACUUGAGGCUCACAAGAUGCCCGGGGUCGUGUCACACGCUGACAGUGAUGACGUCAUGGCCGAGGUGAAGGACAACACUGUCGUCAGGAACCACAUCCAGAUGCUGAACAAUAUGCUGGGCAGUGUGAGGAGUGAGAAGGUGGAGCUGACGGCCCAGGUCCGCAAGCAGCAGGCUCGAAUACAGUACCUGGAGAGUCGGGGGUCUCAGCUGGAGAAGCAGCCCCGUCAGAAGCAGGUGGAAAUCGAUCAGCUGCAGUAUGAGGUCAACGCUGGGAAGAGGCGGCAUGAGGCCGAGGCGGCAGGGUUGAGGUCACGCGUGUCCGACCUGGAGCAGCAGCUGGUGGAGACACGGAAGGAAGCAGAUGAAUACUACCGCAGUUCCCUGGAGAGAAACACAGAGGUCACCGCCCUCUCCAAUGAGUUGUCAGCCAUGAAGAUGGAGAUAAGUGAGAGAAGACCAGUUGUCAACUUCGGGGCACAGGAGCUGGUGAUCCAGCAGCUCCAGGAUGAGAUACUGAGACUGAAACAGAAAGGAAGUGGUAUCAGAUCCACCAUGGACACCAUGGGAAUAAUGGAGGACAGACAAGGGGAGACAACUCAAGUGUCGGAGCUUCGAGCCAAGCUGAAGCAGGCAGUGAAACAUAUCAGUCAGCUGGCCAAGGAAAAACAACAGCUGAUUGAAAUUGGGAACAGACUGAGGGCAGAGCUUAAGAAAUCUGCAGGUAGCACCCAGUCCCAACCCCCCAUCACAGCAGUACGACAUGAGACAGUGUCUCCACCUCGAUCCAGGCCUCCCAUGGAGUCCAGACCCUACUCAGACCAGUAUCACAGUAAACUACAACAGCUGGAAUCCCUGCAGUACCAGCUCACGAAACAGGAGCUGCAGUAUGCCCAGAGGCAUGUGGGGCCAGUGAUGGAGUCCACAGAUAAAUCUUUAGACGACAUCCCAACACGACAUUCAAGUAAUCCCCACACAGGACAUCUGGAGCAGACGUCCAGUUCCCUGGGGGACACACAGCAGCCCCACCCUCAAGGAGUGACCAGUGACAUGAAGCUGCUACUGAGCAUGUCGUCUGCAGGGGGAGAGUCGCUGCAGGAGAUCUGGAGGAUGCUGGACGACAGGCAGAGUCCGGGCAUCUUCACACCCAAAACACCUCGCUCCAGAGCUGAUGUUAUGAAUCCACCAUCUCCUAACAUCCGUACUUCACCACGUGUAACCAGAGAAAAGGGGCUGAGCAUAUCUGGAACUAAGACAGACCUCACCAACCGGCUAUCACCCGAGAAGAAAACGGUCUCCCAUAAAGUGAAGGAUCCACGUAGAAGUGCUCCUAAAUCAAGGAACUAUAACAUUCGAGAUGACACUUCUGUCAGAUGACACUAAACUCGACAGCUGAAAUCAUUGUUGCCAGCCAUCCUGGUCACCUUCCCAACUGGGGCAACUGUUACAUUUUGAGUCUUUCACCUGUACAUCAGCCGGUUACAUAAGGGAUGUGUCAGCUUAUCUGGCUGAGACGGCUGUAGAGGUACAAUCAUCUGGCUCCUCUUUGUCCAAAAGGAUUGAAUGACAAAUUCACAUCAAAUAUUUUACAAAAAGGGGUAGAAAACUGUUGUUUUGUGGAAGGUUCUCUCCAGCAACAGGAUGUGCAGGAUGCCAAGCUAUAUGCAGGAUCUCAAGCUAUCCUUUUCAUCUACAUACAGAAAGGAAUGAAUAUUACCAGUAGUUGUAUUCAUUACCUCAGCUAAGUGAAUUUUCUUCCACUUUAGGGGGGUAUGCCUGCAAUCUCUUGUUCUGGACUGAUGAUGCACUUGUAUGGAUGUUGCACAUUGUUACAAAUAAAGACAAUUUUAUGAG